CUCCACAGGAGCAUGCAUUACAGCUGUGCUGAUAGUACGUUCGUGAUGCAGCUUUCCUGAUAAAGUGACGAAUCAUACAAAAAAGUGAUUAUAAUCCACGACGAUUUUAGACGCCAGUGGAGCUGAACCAGAGCGACGUCAACUGCAACCCUACAAUCGCUACUCGUCAUGCAAAAUCGCUGUAAUCCUGCAACAGAGCAGUUGCUAAGUCCAGCUCCGUGCCACAUCGGUGUCCUGAGUAUUUUCUAGUGCGGAGUGACCAUGUCAGGUAGACAGGAAGCGGCGCUCUGCUCUACGCCUCAGCAUGGCUAUGGCUGGAAGGUGAAACUCAACCAUGUCUUUCCUGAGAGGCGAAACCAAAGGGUGAAGCCAAAACUUAAACAGUUACCUCCACUGAUCCCACUUGGAUUGAGGUAUUUGACAUGGGCACUCAAUAUUUUAAAAGAUGGGAAACGUCCAUUGAUGAACUACUUCAAGAUGAAAACUGGGAAGCAGAUAUAUGGCGCUCCAAUCGGUGGGAUUGGUGCAGGCACGAUUGGUCGUGGUUUUCGCGGCGAAUUUUGCAGAUACCAAAUGAGACCUGGCAUGUACUCGUACCACGUUCUUGCUGCAAACCAAUUUCUUGUCACAAUUAGAAACAGUGAGGGAACGACAGUAUACCAACAAGUCCUUUCUCCUCACAAGAAGCCAAAGUCAAACCGAUUAUCUUCAUGGAAAUGGGAAUUUGAUGGCUCAAAUGCUCAAUACUGUGCUCUCUACCCACGUGCAUGGACUGAAUACAAAAUACAUGAGCACAAAGUCACACUAACGUGCCGCCAAGUCUCGCCUGUCAUACCUCAUAACUACAAGGACAGUAGUUUGCCUUGCGCUGUGUUUGUUUGGGAUGUUGAAAACGGCAGCAAUGAGGAUCUUCAGAUCAGCAUAACCAUGACCUUUAAAAAUGGAACUGGAGGGAAAGAUGACAAGAAAGGAAAUUGUUGGACUGAAGCGUUUGAUGAAGCUGGUGGAGACGUCAAGGGCGUUAUGAUCCAUCAAGUGAUAAGGGCUAUGAGGUGUACUUACGGCAUUGCGUGUUCAAACAAUGAAAAUAUUACCACAGAGACGCACUUCAACCCAAAUGGACCAGGAUAUGAAAUCUGGCAACCCCUCCAAACCAAAGGGGAGCUCAACACAAAAUCAGAAGAAUAUCGUCCAGGAAAUGCUAGGGAAGAGGUGGGUUGUGCAGUUAGCUGCAAAAACACGGUUCAAGCCAACAGCAAAGGAAGAGCAGAAUUUGCAUUGGUCUGGGACAUGCCACAAGUUCAGUUCUCUGGCAGCUCGACGACUUAUCGGCGGUUUUACACAAAAUAUUUUGGGUCUGAUGGUAAGGCCGCGCCAAAGAUUGCAGCAUAUGCUCUUCAGAACUACAAAUCGUGGGAAAAAGAAAUAGAAACAUGGCAGGAGCCAAUUCUCAAUGACAGCGGUCUCCCAGAUUGGUACAAAAGUGCAAUUUUCAACGAGCUUUACUUUGUAUCUGACGGAGGGUCAAUCUGGGUGGAGGUUGACGAGAGCGAAAAAUUGCCAGCUGAUGACCCAAGGAUGGAGUACGGACGAUUUGGAUAUUUAGAAGGCCACGAGUACAGAAUGUACAACACUUAUGAUGUCCACUUCUACGCCUCAUUUGCUCUUACUCAGUUGUGGCCACAACUGCAGAAAGUCCUACAGUAUGAUAUCAGGGACUCAAUUUCUAAAGAAGACCUUUCACGCAGAAAGCACUUAUAUGAUGGACAAAAGGCAAUCAGAAAAUCAGCUGGCUCUGUCCCUCACGAUGUUGGAGAUCCUGAGGAAGACCCGUUUGUCAACAUUAAUUCUUACCCAAUUCAUGAUGUUGCUGACUGGCGAGAUCUCAACUCAAAAUUUGUGCUUCAAGUGUUUAGAGACUUUACUUUGUGGAAAGACUUGGCAUAUCUAAAGGCCAUGUGGCCUCAAGCUUGCACCGUGAUCCAAAAAUCAUUGGCUUGGGACAAGGACGACGAUGGAUUGAUUGAGAACGGAGGCUUUCCAGACCAAACAUAUGACAGUUGGAUUAUGACGGGGGCAAGUGCGUACUGUGGGAGUCUGUGGCUGGCCUCUCUUCAUUCAAUGGUUGAGAUGGGAAGAGCUCUUGGAGAAUCGACCGAACUCUACGAAACCACUCUACAUAAAGGGAAAGCGGCCUUUGAAGCAAAGCUUUGGAAUGGCGAAUAUUACAACUUUGACAGCUCCGGAGCACCUCAUUCUUCAUCAAUUAUGUCUGAUCAGCUAUGCGGUCACUGGUAUCUUCGAGCAUGUGGGGUGACUGAUAAGGUGUUUCCAAAAGAAAACGUGAAGAAGGCACUAACAACAAUAUUUAACAACAACGUAAUGAAGUUCAAAAAUGGUACCAUGGGGGCUGUGAAUGGAAUGUUACCCUCUGGGAAUAAGGAUCUAUUUACCAUCCAAAGCGAAGAAGUUUGGGUUGGUACUGUUUAUGCGCUUGCUGCUGUCAUGAUGCACGAGGGGAUGGUGGAAGAGUCUUUCAAAACUGCUGCUGGAAUUUACCAAACAGUUUAUGAUCGCAUAGGAAUGGGAUUUGAAACGCCUGAAGCUUUGUACGAAGAAAAGUAUUACCGGGCUAUUGGUUAUAUGCGUCCACUUAGCAUCUGGGCAAUACAGUUGGCAUGGGAGCAGUUAAAUUCGGCCAAGUAAUUGAUUUAAUUCUAUCGCUCGCACAACAUAAUAGUGCAGUGCAUUAUUUACGUUCGGCCAGCACAUUUUAAUGCAGAUUUUUUAAUUGUUUUAAUAUUCUAUGCGUUUUUUUACCUAAAUUGUUACUUCAGAAAGAAGAUGGUUAACAGUUAGUGGUGCUAAGUCCCUAUUUAUUUUGUUUAUACCUUGUUGUUCCAAAAAUGAAUUUUAGUAUAAUUAAAACAUUUAUACUGGCA